AGGACUGUAGGACGCUGGACGCUGGACGCUUGACUACGUACCAGUACGAGUACGCCAGUGUCGUCAGACUCGUCAGUACGUAUCAGUUUUCUGCGGCGUGUAGACUCUUUCGCUCUAGUCUCCCUGUUUAGUUCAUAACCUAAUAUUGGUGUACAAAAUGGCUGAGGGAAAGUCACGUCGUGUUGCCCAAACAGAAGAUUUAUCAAACGUCGAAUUCGAAACGAGCGAAGAUGUUGAAGUUAUUCCAACUUUCGAUAAUAUGGGACUUCGGGACGAGCUUCUACGAGGAAUUUAUGCUUACGGCUUCGAAAAACCAUCAGCGAUACAGCAAAGAUCGAUAAAACCGAUAAUGAAAGGACGCGACGUUAUAGCCCAAGCACAAUCCGGUACCGGAAAAACCGCCACAUUCUCCAUCUCAAUAUUGCAAUCCUUGGAUACGCAAGUACGAGAAACUCAAGUUUUGAUUCUUUCACCCACUCGUGAGUUGGCUGUCCAGAUUCAAAAGGUUAUUCUUGCUCUGGGAGAUUUUAUGAACGUACAGUGCCAUGCCUGCAUCGGUGGAACAAAUCUUGGUGAAGACAUAAGGAAGCUCGACUAUGGACAACAUGUGGUUUCUGGUACACCGGGAAGAGUUUUCGACAUGAUCAAAAGACGUGUUUUGAGAACACGAGCAAUCAAAAUGUUGGUUCUUGACGAAUCGGACGAAAUGCUCAACAAAGGAUUCAAAGAGCAGAUUUACGACGUUUACAGAUACUUACCACCGGCGACCCAAGUAGUUCUUGUGUCAGCUACUCUGCCACAUGAAAUUCUUGAGAUGACGAGUAAAUUCAUGACCGAUCCCAUUCGUAUUUUGGUUAAACGUGAUGAAUUGACGCUCGAAGGAAUAAAACAAUUCUUCGUCGCCGUUGAACGCGAAGAAUGGAAGUUCGACACGCUCUGCGAUCUCUACGACACCCUGACGAUAACGCAGGCCGUAAUAUUUUGCAACACCAAGCGCAAAGUCGAUUGGCUCACAGAAAAAAUGCGCGAAGCCAAUUUCACCGUCUGCUCGAUGCACGGUGAUAUGCCACAAAAAGAACGAGACAAUAUUAUGAAAGAAUUCCGUUCUGGACAAAGUCGGGUUUUGAUAACGACGGACGUUUGGGCAAGAGGAAUCGACGUUCAACAAGUAUCGCUCGUGAUAAAUUACGAUUUGCCAAACAACCGUGAGUUGUAUAUUCACAGAAUAGGUAGAUCGGGUCGAUUCGGAAGAAAGGGUGUAUCCAUUAAUUUUGUAAAGACUGACGAUAUCCGAAUUCUCCGUGAUAUUGAGCAGUAUUAUUCAACGCAAAUCGACGAAAUGCCGAUGAACGUCGCCGAUUUAAUCUAAAUAGCUCGAGUUAUUGAAAUAUUUAAGUAAGAUAAUAUGCAAAAGAAUAACAAACGACCGAAACUGUAUAAUAAAAUUUGAAAUCUUUAUUCAAAAAAGUUCGAAAAGAACUACGUUUAAGUUUUUUAGCUAAGUUAUUUAGCCUUCUAAGUUAUUUAGCUAAAGCAAUAUCGAUUGCGCAACAAUCUUAUUAAAUGAAGUUUUGUUCAUUGAACGAUGCAGUGAUAACAAAUUCACUGAAGCGAUGUAAUUGUUUCGUGGGAGGUAGAUUUAAUUGAGAUUUAAUUAAAGUAAAGAGAUUAAUAAUAAAAAAAAAACGUCUUACGACUGUGUCAUUCUUCAGCGUAAA